AUGGCGCCCAACUGUCCCACUCAAGCCGAAAUUGAAGAUAUGAACGAUUCAGCGAUUGAGCAGGUUCGAAUGCAAGUCCGCGAUGUGAUCGAUCCUCGCUACGACACCAAAUUCAACAUUCUUCGCUGGCUACAAUCCAAUGAUUUCAGUAUUCCAAAAACGGUUUACAUGUUGCGGAAACACCUUAAAUGGAGAAAAGAGCGACGACUCGAUGAGCCGGAAAGCCAAUCUCUGCUACAAAGAAGCGAGGUUCGCGCGAAAUACGCGCCGGUUAACAUCAUUGGGCCGCAUCGGAAAGACGGAGACCGACUGAUUGUUGUGGACCAGGCCGGACGGAUUGAUAUUGGAGGAGUUAUGAAGGCGGUCCAACCGACAGAAUACCUACAUGAGAUGUACAGACUAUUCGAAAAUGUUCAGCGAAUUCUUAUGAAGAUGGAAGAGGAGACUGGCAAACAGUGUUAUAUGCAUUAUAUAUUUGAUCUCGAUGGACUCCAUUUCGACCCGAGCCUUUUGGGUGUUGUCAAUGGUCCGUUCAGGGUGUCAUGGCAGCUUGUUGGCCAACAUUAUCGCGAAUUUAUCGAUAAGUUUAUUGUCGUCAAUUCUCCGAGUUUUAUCAAUGUUUUAUGGUCAGCUCUUGCUCCAUUCAUUCCCGAACAGUCAAAGAGAAGAAUAGUGUUUGCUGGUGCAAAUUGGAAAAGCGAAUUGGCCGAAAUUUGUGAUAUAGACUAUUUGCCGGAAAAAUACGGAGGCAAAUUAUGCAACAAUAAGUAUAUUGACGAAGUUCUACCGGUACCUCGCGAUUUAUACUGGAAACCACGUGCUGGAUACCCGCAUAUCGACACUCUUCAUCGAAUCUCAAUUCCAGCAUCAAAACAUCGGAUUCUUGUUUACAAAAUCGACAAACCGAAUACUGAACUGUUGAUGUAUUCGCAUAAUGAGAGUGAUAUCACGAUAACGUUGUAUUAUUCGAAGGAAAUGAAUGUGGACGAGAGUAAUAUGGAGCUCGCAGUGGCCGCAAUUCCGAAAUGUGGACUUCCGUCGAUGGAUUUGUUCGAUUAUACUUGCGAAGAGGCCGGCUACUACCAUAUAAAACUGGCAAAUGAGGCUGCUUGGUUGAUGCCGACGACUUAUAGAUUGUUGAUAAUUAACAAAGAAAAUAGGAAAGAAGUCGAGCAUUUGAACAAAUCGGAGAAAUGGAUUAAGAAGGGAAAACGAUGCUGA